AUGUCACAUUUCAGCCCUAGAUCUAAGCUAAACAGGGUAAAAUCAGAAGAAAUUGUGUAUGCAUCUCCAGAAGAGAAGGCUAAGAGUCAAAUUGGGAUCUCAAACAUCCUAAGGAGCAGAAUAGACAAGAUCGUCAAAAAACCAAAGAACAGUGCAUAUAUAUCAGGUGUAUGUAAGAACAUCCCUCCUGAGGAACCUCCUCUUAAAUAAAAGAAGGAAGAACGACGAUACUGUUCAUCUCUUGUCAAAAUAUUCAGGGGAGGCUAAAGCACUGUUUGAAAUCAGGAAGAAUGAAAAUUAUAAGAUACAGAUGAAGCAUGAGAAGAGCAAGACUAUCAAAAAUUAUCUGGACUAUAACACUGAUGUAAAUAAGUCAGUCAAGCUCUUUCCUAAGAUUUCUAAACCUCGGAAGGCUAAGGAACAACUAAAGAAGGUCAAAUCUGUAUCUCCUGAGAGGAAGUAUCAUACCUCCAAAGCAGCUGAAGAGAUCUAUCAGAAGUACCUCAAUAACAAGAAAGAGGAAGAUUUUAACAAGAGUAAGAGAAACAUGAACUGGCUUAAAACUCUCACAAAUCAGUUCAAGGAUUCUCCAACUAGAAAGAGGAUAAAUACGUUCAGAAUUGGAAAAGGAAAAUUGAUUCCAAAUUACUCUAUUCACAACAAAUUCUCUCAGACUCAGUUCAAGUCCUUCAUGUCUCUUGAUUAUGGAGACUUUGCUCAGCCAGAAUCUCUCGAACAGAUUAUCGCAGAGAAAGAGGAGCAAGUAAAAAGAACAGUUGAUGAAGAAAAAGCUAUAGAGAAGAGAUACAACGAGGUGAAGGCAAAUAACACUUUGUUCGAAGACGAGGCUGACGAAUCUGACCUUUCUGAGGUAAACGACCCUUUAAUCAAGGAAGGGAAGAAAUCAACCGAAUUUCUACAGUAUAAGCUUAAAGAUUUCAUGCUGAAGGCUUCUAGCUUUGAUAAAGGUAAUUUACCAAAAUUUAAAAAGCCUGUCAAACCCAUUGACUUAUUCAAAAAGGUUAAGGUGAGAGAUCCAGGAGAUCAGUGGAGAAAUGAUCUUGAAUGGAGAAACCAGAGUAAUCCAAGAUAUGAAGAGCUAAACAAGUCGAUCUCUAAGAAGGAAAUGCGAAUGGUUCAUAAACGUCAUCAUGCUCACCAACUUAAAGCUCUUGCUCUUGGGCAGGACCUCAAGGCAUUCGACAGAAAGAUCGUAAGAGAACUCAAGAAGAAAAUAUUUUAAUAAUUCUCAUUUCAAUAUCAUAAGA